GUCGAACCGUACCAGUUUCCGUUUCCGCUUUGAUUUCUUGACAUUGCGAAGAAGGCUCGCUGAAUACCAGGAUUAUGGGCCAUGGUAAUGGUGAGCUUCCUGAUUACAGGCAAUGGAAAAUAGAAGGUACCCCCUUGCAAACUGUCCAGGAAAGGUUGGCUAAACUUGGUCUCAAGGAUCCAUGGCUUCGCAAUGAAGCAUGGAGAUUCUCAGGUGGCUUUGCAAAACCAGCCACUUUCCUGGACGCAAUGACCAAAGGAUUCAAAUGGGGGUUUGCCGCCUUUGUCGUGGCACUUGCAGUUGAAUAUACCUUUUUCCCUCCAGAAAAAAAUAAGGGACAUCACUGAAGAUUUGUUUGUGUCUUCUAACUUUGAGUCCGUUGUAUAGUCUGACUUCUCAUGGAGGGGAGCACAUUAAAGCUCCUCAAAGAAGAA